UAGAACAAGAAUUGCACCGACAUAAUUCCCGCUUUUUUCAAGACCAAACGAGGACCAUUGACGAAGAAGAGCUCGAGGACGAGGACGACGAUGUGGAGGAAGCAAUUCCGGAGAGCCACGACGACGUGGAGGAGGAGGGUGGCGGCAGCCAUGACGCCGACCAAGCAGCCUCAUCCCAAACAGGUACAAAAAAAAGUAAAUCUGAAUUAAUGGCUAAUAAUUUUUCUAAGUGGAAGAACCCGAACACCGGGAAUUGGACCACAACUUGCAAUUGGUGCAAGAAAAAUUAUAGCUUGGGGAUUUCCGGCGGAUACGGAUCCGCCACAAGACACCUUAAGUCCAAACACCCGGUGGAGUAUGCAAAAUUAGGCGGCGGAACGGGGAAACAAAUGCAAAUAUCGAGGUUUGCAAAUAACCAACAAGCUUUUGGUAAUUUCUCAUACAAUGAUGCACAAAAUUUGACAGGUAUGGCUAACUUACUUGUUGAAGAAAAUUUGCCUUAUUUGUUUUCUGAAAGUCUUGCUUUUCGUGAGUAUGCACAAACUUGUUUAAAUCCGCAAUAUAGAGGUUAUAGUCGCAAAACGGUUAAGAAAGAAAUUUCAAGGCUUUAUGGUGCGGAAAAGGUAAGGUUACAAAAUUAUUUUGCAAACUUUGAUGGACGUGUUACUGUAUGUUCUGACAUAUGGGAGGAUACUUAUCAUAAUUUACAUUAUUUGGGUCUGACUGUACAUUAUAUUGAUAAUGAUUGGCAUAUGCAUAAACAUGUUCUUGCUUUCCGUGAAUUUAAUGAUCGUCACACCGCUGAACAUAUUUAUAUUUUGAUUGAACGUAUUUUAAUUGAGUAUAAUUUAAUUGAUAAGGUGUUUGCUAUUGGUUUUGAUAAUGCUACUAAUAAUACUGCUGCUAUUCCUAGAUUGCGUGAAUUGUGUGGUUCUACUUCUUUGAUGGGUAGAUUUUUUCAUCAACGAUGUGCAUGUCAUGUUCUAAAUUUAUGUGUGCAAGAUGGUCUAAAAGUGUUGGGAGCAUCGUUGGAGGUAGUCAAGGGGGGGAUUAGACGUAUUUGGGGUAAUGGACACCUUAGGAAAAAAUGGCAUGAUUAUUUGAUAGAAAGAGGUGAAAGAUAUGUGGCUUUUCCAAAAGAUUUGUCUAUUCGUUGGAAUAGUACCUAUAAGUUAAUUAACGUUCUUCUUAGAUAUAAACAACAUUUUCCUGCUUUUAUGAAACAAUAUGAUAACUAUAUUAUAAACUCGGCUGAGAUCGACACCUGUGAAGAAAUUUGUAAUGCUUUGAUAUAUUUUAAUAAUGCAACUGAAACUUUUAGUCAUGUUUAUAAACCUACCUCAAACCAAUGUAUUCGUGAAGCUGUUAAUCUCGCCGGUGCUUUUUCAAAUUUUGAGAAUGCUGAUUAUGUGAGUUAUUUUGCUGGUUUUAUGAAGGAAAAGUUUUUAAAAUAUUAUUCACAUAUUCCGCAUAUUUAUGGUAUUGCAUUUGUUCUCGAUCCUCGUUUUAGACUUGGUUCUUUAGAAGAAUGUUUGAAUUAUUAUUAUGCUGCUUUUUUGGUCCAUUGCCAAUGUAUGAGGACAACCCAAUUGAUCCGAAAAAGGAAUACAACGAGGUUAGUGAUAUAUUUUAUGCAUCAUUCAAUGAGUUUCAUGCACAAUAUGGCAAUGCGCCCCCUCCCCGACACAAACAUCAUCUAAAGGAAAAUCAAUUUUCAAAUCUACGUUUGCCAAUCUUAUUAAAAAAACAAAAUCAACUCCCGCUACACAACAAAGCACAAUUAAUGAGAUUUCUUUGUAUUUAACUUAUGAUGUUGAUUUUGAAGAAGAUGAUGAUUUUGACGUACUAAACUGGUGGAAGGGAAAAGAAAGAAUGUUCCCGGUUUUAGCAAAGAUGGCUAAGCAAGUGCUAUCAAUGCCGGUUUCAACGGUUGCCGUGGAACAAGAAUUUAGUUCGGCCGACAAUGUUCUAACACAAACCAGAACGAGGUUGAGCGCUGAAUCUCUUGAGAUGCUUAUAUGCUACCACGAUUGGUUGAAAGCAGCACGUAGAGCUCAAGAAAUUGACAUCACUCCAUCCCAACACUUUAUGGAUGAAUCUACAGAGGGUGGCUCUACUUAUGUCGGAGAUUCCGAUUAAAAACAAUUAUAGUUGUGGCUCAACGGUCACCAUUUUUUUUUAAAUAAUUGAAGGCUCUACUAGCCGUUGGGAGACCUCCCAAACGGCUCUAUAGCCGUUGUGAGC